CAAUAUUGAUCGAAAAUCUAGACGAGAAGCUCAGUCGUUGUUUCGCGGAUCAGCUAGGGUAAGGAUGACACUACUGCACAAGUGCCGACUGUGCUAUACUCGUUCUCGUCAGCCCUUUCGUUGAUUUCCCGAAAGCAGAUUUCCAAUGCAUGCAAAGCAGCAGUCACCACGCAACAAAAAAACUACAGGGACACUCUCUUGUCGCAGGAGCUGUUUCUCCGAUACAUUUACGGUUCGCGCUGACGGUUUGCGUUGUCGCAAUUCGCCUAAUAAACUGUGAUCAAAUUUGGUUCUGUCGCUGCUUUUUCAUUUUUAUUCGUUAGCAAUCCGAAGAACAUUGGAAAUAGCACGGCCUUACAGGAUGAAAAUUCUUUUAGCAACCGCAUUAGCGCACUUCACUUACGAAGUGACAGGUAAAACGGCCGGCUCCUCCUCCGCCGCGAUCCUUGCAGGCGCCGCGAGUAGUACCGACGACGCUGCAACAGCGGCGCCGGGCCUUGCCGCGCCCGACGGACAUGACGUGGUGCGGGAACAACAAGAGGACUUCCUGCCGUUGAUUGACCUUAGCGCCGUGCUCGCGACUGCGGCGCAGAAGGAAGACGCGACCGACGACGCCCUCGCCAAGCACAACGAGGCCGUGCGGCAGAUGAAGCGCGCGAUGGAGACGGUCGGCUUUUGCCGCGUUACCGGCUACCAGUACACCCCCGCCCUCUGGGACCGCAUGUGGGCCUUGGGCAAGCAGAUGUUCCGAUGGGAAGACAAAAACGAGUUCCUGACGGCGAAGGAUUCUAACGCGGGCUUCCCCUACGGACUCGGGACGAUGAAAAAGGACGAAUCGAACCAGACCUUUGACUACUUCUCGGACGGGCAGAUCGACAAACCGCGUUUGCUCCCGACGGGACAGGAUUUAAACGUCGACGAGGGAGAGAGUCGGCGGAUGUGGAAGGACGCCAAGGAAACGGAUUUCCCCCACCGACACGUGGACGGGGAAAGAUACGACGCGAAGCGGUCGGGGCGAGCGCUGUUGAGCUGCUGCGGGAGGCGGAAGACGCGAGAAAGCGUAGAUCGUUGUGGCAGUCUUGUAGGAAUUCAAUUUUUCGAUUACGUUGCGCUCGCAGGCCUUGUUUGGCUGCGCAUAGAAGUUCGUUGGCCGUGCAGCAAUGUUCUCGUCUCUCAUUUCCACAAGCCACAAAACCACAUCAACAGGCCGGCGCAGACGAGGACGACCAUAGCUUGUACAAGACUGUCGACCUGAACCAGUACUACAACGAGUUUGCGAAGAUCGCUUUCACCGUCGUCGCGCUGCUCCGGGACAGCCUAGAGGUCCCGUCCGAGUUAGACUUGGAAGAAAUGGAAAGGACCCACUGGUCCGUGAUGCGGUUUCUCGACUACCCCUCGCUGCCCGUGGAAAAACUGCCGACCAGCCCGGAGCUGGACCACAAACUGCGGCCGCGGAUUCCGCCGCACGAAGACUUCGGGCUGAUCACCAUCCUACGGCAGGACGAGAACGGUGGCCUGCAAGUUUUGAACAAGGACGAGACCGUGAAAAAGAACCUCCCGGAGAAGGACUGGAAACGACACGGCGUGUACGAAACGAUCGCCGGGAAGGCGAAGGCAAAAUUGCCGGACCGCAGUGGAACAGCAGGUGCGAGCAAUGUACAAGGUGCUACGGCUGAAGAGCCCCUGCAGGAGCCGUUGAUUGUGAACAUCGGCCGCGUCUGGGAUUCCUACACCAACGACAAAGUGCGAGCGACUACGCACAAAGUCGAGCCGGUGAUUGUGGACGGGCGGACGACGGCACGCAAUUCGCACGCGUUCUUUUUGAACCCGAACUGGGUCUCGUGCUUCUUCGGGCCUUUGCCGCAGUACGGAGGAGACAAGAAAGAUUGGAUCAAUUUCGGCAUGCACAUAAACAACUGCAUCAAGCCUCGGUAUUAA